GUGGAGUACUCAAUCAGCUGCGGUGGGCUCCGGCGGAAACUGCUGCUGCCGAAUAGAAGAAGAAGAACCGUGAGCUGCGGCUGACUCGGACGAAUAAUCUAUCCGUUCGGAGCAGGACGAAGCCGACAUGGUAAUCAUGCACCAGCGCACGGAUUUUUUUUAGGCCAACGUGGGCCUUGCGCAUUGGUUUCCCGGCGCCACCACGGCUUUUGAGAUCCAUCCGUAGACGGGCUCGGCAGCGGCUUCCCUUCUCUUUUUCGAAGGAGACGCCAAUUGGAUUUGGAAUUUGCUUCACACCACUCCUAAAAAUCAGCACUCCAGUGUCAGUCUGGGCAUAUCCAUGCGCACACCGCACGCUUCCUAUCAUCUCCACUUCUCCUGUGGUACUUUGCUUGGGAAGACGCAAAUCUGGCCCAGAUACGAGAUUGCAACCUUACCAAAAAAAAGAGCUUCCGCUAGGCGUAUGGUACAGUUCGGAUAGCAAGUGAUAAACCUUGAGAAAAUCCAUCUUAUCCCUUCCCUUGCACCGCCGCCAUACCACAUACAGAUCGCCUACUGCACCACGACACUGUCGUCCCUCUCGCGGACCGCGACGCCGCUAAAAGAUCUGGAAGAAUCCGCCCCCGCGCAAGCACGCCACGAUAAGCUCCAAACCGCCCCGGGCCCACACGCACACCCCCACUUAAUUCAGAAACCCAUCGAUUCCUCUGUUUCCUCUGCUCCGCCCCCAACACCCCGUAUAAAUACGGCGCGCCACUCCCGCCACUCGCCGCACACAAGAAAGAACAUCAGCACGCAGAACAAAUCAAGCAAGCUCUCCUCUCACUCGUUUCUUGCUCGGUUCAUUUGCGGCGUCAGCGAUGGGCGACCUGAUUCCGGGGUUGCCGGAGGAGGUGGCGAGGGAGUGCCUCAUCAGGGUGGGCUUCGACCAGCUGCCCGCCGUGCGCCGCAUCUCGCGGCAGUGGAAGGAGGAGGUCGAGUCGCCGGACUACGGCCGCCUGCGCCGCGCCGAGGGGCUGGCGCGCCCGGUGCUCGCCAUGGUCCAGGCGCAGCCCGAGCGCGUCGAGCCUGGCCCGGCGCAGAAGCACGCGUCGGCGUCGGCGGCCAACGGCGGACCCGCGAACAACUACAGGAUGGUGCUGCUGGACCCGGUGGCGGGGCGGUGGGCUCCGCUCCCGGUGCUGCCCGGCCCGACCGGGAGCCUGCCCCUGUUCUGCCAGGUCGCCGCGGUGGACGGCCCGCAGGGGAGGAAGCGGCUGGUGGUCGUCGGCGGGUGGGACCCGGAGUCGUGGGCGCCGACGGACUCGGUGUACGUGUACGACUUCCUGACCGGCGCGUGGCGCCGCGGGGCGCCCAUGCCGGGCCCGCGCCGGUCCUUCUUCGCCACCGCGGCCGUCGGCGGGGCCGUGUACGUCGCCGGCGGGCACGACGAGGAGAAGAACGCGCUCCGGUCGGCGCUCGCGUACGACCCGGACGCCGACGCGUGGGCCGCGCUCCCGGACAUGGCGGAGGAGCGCGACGAGCCGCGCGGGCUCUGCGUCGGCGGCAGGUUCCUGGUCGUCGGCGGGUACCCGACGCAGGCGCAGGGCCGCUUCGCCGGCUCCGCCGAGGCCUUCGACCCGGCGACGGCGGCCUGGGACACCGUCCAGGAGGGCCUGCUCGAGGACGGCGCGUGCCCGAGAACCUGCUGCGUGGCGCCCGGAGCCGAGUGCAUGUACAUGCUCCGCGAAGGGAACCUCGUGGCGCGCGACGGCGGCGCCUCGGCGGGGUGGCGCACGGUGGCGUCCGUGCCGGGGGACGCCCGCACGGCGUCGACCGUCUCCGCCAUCCCCGGCGGCCGCGUCGUGGUGAUCGGCUCAGGCUGCCACGGAGGCGACCAGACCGUGUACAUGCUGCGCGACGAGGCCGGCAACGGCAAGGCCGCGUCCUGGGCGCGCGCCCCGGCGCCGCCGGAGUUCUCCGGGCACGUGCAGGCCGCCUGCUUCCUAGAGAUCUGAUCUGAUCACCUAAGCGUGUGUACAGAACCAUGAAUAGUGUACAUAGAGGUAGUAUAUGUGUGCAUAUAACGCAUCAAUGCGCGUCUGCGAGGGCUGCGCCUUUUCGCGCCAUGACUCGAGCUUGCAUUGCACCCGUGUAAGAAAAUGAUGGUUAAACGAGCCCAGAAAGAUCGUUGCAAUGAACAAUGUUUUCGAUUU